AUGGACAGCGUGCAGACACCCCAGGGCUCCGUGGCAAUCAGCGGCAGCUCGGCCCGCCGCGGCCCCAACAACACGCUGCGCCUGAAAAAGGCGCCCAACCCGAAGAAGGAGCAGCAAGUGGGCCGUGAUGACGGCGCCGAAAUGCGGCGACUACAACGUGAAGGUGGAGCAAAGUCCGAACCGCGCGGCUUCACCCGUCCACCCCCGCUGGCCAGCAAGAUCAAGCACUCGCUGACGAUCUGGGCCGGGGUGAGUGGCAAGAAGCCGAUAGUCGUCACCUGCAAGUUUGGCACCUAUCGCACCGGCCUCUUCCUCCUCUACGACAUCGAGACGGAGCGUAUCGAGAAGCAGAAGAAGCUCGACCUCGACGGCACCGUCAAAGACCUGCGG